GCUGAUCGGGCUGCGUAUAGAGAGAAUGCUUACAGACGAAGGGCUGCUGCAAAAGCCUGCUAUGAUGCAAACCCUAGACUGAAGUGUGCAGCUAGCAAGGCAGCUUAUAAAACCAACCCUGAUAAAAUGAAGGCAUUGUUUCGAGACUAUCAUGCCUCACAUCGCAGUGCCAGGCUAAGGUAUUUCAGAAAAUAUCACACUCAUACCAAACCAAAGAGAGUGACAAGGGCUAGAUACAGUUUGGCGCAGCCUAACCAACUGACAAUUGAACAGUGUUAUAGGAGUGUUAACGCCAACCUGCUAGCUGACGGUAAAGUUUUGUUGAAACUCAAGGAAGAGUUCAAGUCCCUGCAUGCUGGUGUAGCAGAUACACUGAGUAAGGCAGAGUUGGAAAAGACAGUGGGUAGACUUGCAGUUAAAAGGCUGGUUUGCAAAGCCUUACAAAUACGCAGGAAACAUGCAGGGUUUUUGCUGGCCAGCAUUAAGCUGAUUAAGUCUAUUACACUUAAAGAACACAUUGACUUUGGAAAAGGCUGCCACACUAGUGUGACAGAGCCUUACUUUUAUGAGGCAGCCUACCUGCAUGUUAGAGAGUCCCCAAUCCCUGUUAAUGAGAAGGGGGAGGGCAUUGUUGCUAAAGAAGUGCCUAUGGAGGCUGGCAGUAAGAAUGAAGAAGAUGGGAAAGUUUCUGACAAGGGACCUGCCCAGUCUAAGAUGUGGGAGUGCUCAAAGCAGUGCAAACCACUAAGUGAAUUUGAGGUCAAUGCCAUUGUUUGUUUUAGGACAGCUUUUGAGCAGCCUGUUGAGAAAGUGAGGCAGGCCCUGGCUGAAUGUGAUAUGGGUUGCCCCUAUGGUCACUACACCAAAUUAGUGGGUUCUCUGCCUGUGGACCUUAGAGGACACCCCAUUGUUUGUUACUCUGGUGACUACUGUACUAGUACCCUGAGAAUACUCAGAGCAGCUUCCACUCAUUUCCCUGUUUUGAGGAGGUUUUUGGCCCAUGUAACAUCUGCUCUGAGUGCUCACAGGAUUGUGUACGAUAUUGACAACGCUUUGAAGAAUGGUAACCACCAGAGAUUGCUACAAAUCACACAGGUUGAGUCCCUUCUGAGUUGUAAUGUAGAACAGAACUAUCAAAAGCUCACUCCUGUUGAUAGC